GUAUUUUCCCUGUAGCCUGUGGCUGMUUUUUUCACGUAGUGACAAUGCCAGAYAGUGYAACAACUAAAUCAGAUUUACACCUGACUAAAGAAAUAUGGCGACAGGCCGAUGCAGUUUGCUUUGAUGUUGAUAGUACAGUUAUAACUGGAGAAGGUCUCGACGAGCUGGCUAGCUUUUGUGGCCGAGGAGAAGAAGUGGCCGAAUGGACAAGAAAAGCUAUGGGUGGAGGAGUGUCAUUCCGGACAGCACUGAUUGAAAGGCUUAAGAUUAUCCAACCAACAUCACAACAGCUUGAUAAUUUUAUGAGUAAAGAAAAACUUCAUCUAACCCCAUAUGUUAGGGAAGUGAUUUCUGCUUUAAUGGCUCGAGGUACAGCAGUCUACUUAGUUUCUGGGGGCUUCCGGUCUAUUAUUGAACAUAUUGCUCGCAAAUUAAACAUUCCCAAGGAGAAUAUAUUUGCAAACAGAAUACUUUUUGAUGAUAAAGGAUUGUAUGCAGGCUUUGACGUUGAUGAGCCAACAUCUGAAUCAGGAGGGAAAGCCAAAGUCACUCAAAUAUUGAAACAAAACCAUGAUUAUCAAAGACUUGUAAUGAUUGGAGACGGUGCAACUGACAUGGAAGCCUGUCCACCGGCUGAUGCGUURAUUGGCUUUGGUGGGAAUGUGAUUCGAGAAAAAGUCCAAAGUAGCGCCAACUGGUUUGUAACGGAUUUCAAAACUCUUUUGAACGAGUUGCAAGAGUGAAUUUUCCCCUUAUUGUAUUAUACAAAAAUUUGAACAAAUGUGAAUGAAUGAAUAAAUGGGACAAGGGUUUUCAUUUGGUGAAAGAUAUAUAAUGGAACAAUAGAAAUAUUGAAGUUUAAGCGGAAUUCUGCUUAUUAUGACCUAUUAUGCCUUUUUCGUGAUAUUUCGUUUAAUUACAACAGGACGAAAGUUCAACAUUAAAAUCCUGCAAAUCGGC